UGAAAUUAAUCCCAAACCAAAAAUAUUAUACAAGCUUUGGAAUCCGUUUGAUUCCCGCUUUGGGCAUUGAAAUUAUACUCGUUUUUCUCUGUAAACACUACCUUUUUUUCUUCCCUAAAGAGCUUUCAGAUCUACAAGUUAGGGUUUUAGAAUUGAGGAUUGAAAAUAUAAUUUACCAUGGUUGGAAGAAUCGAAGGAGUAGGAGGAGGAACGACGGCGAUAGGAAUAGAUUUGGGAACAACAUAUUCAUGUGUUGCAGUAUGGCAGAAUGGCCGAGUUGAGAUUAUUGCUAAUGAUCAAGGGAAUAGGACUACUCCUUCUUAUGUUGCUUUUACUGAUGAUCAACGUUUGAUUGGUGAUGCUGCUAAGAAUCAAGUUGCUUUGAAUCCUAUCAACACCGUCUUUGAUGCAAAGCGUUUAAUUGGUAGGAAAAUCUGUGAUAGCUUCGUUCAGAAUGAUAUCAAGCUUUGGCCCUUCAAAGUAAUUGCUGGAGCGGACGAGAGACCAAUGAUUCAAAUCAAUUACAAGGGCAAGGAUAUGCAGUUUUCAGCUGAGGAAAUCUCAUCCAUGGUUCUCAUUAAGAUGCGAGAAACGGCUGAAAAUUAUCUUGGUUCAACUGUUAAGAACGCUGUUAUUACCGUCCCUGCUUACUUUAAUGAUUCUCAACGUCAAGCUACUAGAGAUUCUGGUAUAAUUGCUGGCCUUAAUGUACUGCGAAUCAUAAGUGAACCAACUGCAGCAGCAAUUGCUUAUGGCCUUGAUAAGAAAACAACCAGUGGUCGUGUGAAGAAUGUUCUUAUCUUUGAUCUCGGUGGUGGUACUUUUGAUGUUUCGAUACUCACCAUCAGCGGGAGUGUUUUUAAUGUCAAAGCUACAUCUGGGGAUACCCAUCUGGGAGGGGAGGAUAUCGAUAACAGAAUGGUAAAUCACUUUGUUCAAGAGUUCAAGAAGAAGUACCACAAGGACAUUAGUGGAAACCCUAAGGCUCUCAGGAGGCUGAGAACAUCAUGUGAGAGGGCAAAGAGGACCCUCUCAUCUACUACUCGGACAACCAUUGAGGUUGAUUCUUUGCAUGAAGGAAUUGAUUUUCAAGCGUCCAUUACUCGUGCUAGAUUUGAAGAGUUGAACCUAGAUUUGUUCAGAAAGUGCAUGGAACCAGUUCAGAAGUGUUUGGAGGAUGCUAAGAUGGACAAGACCGCCGUCCAUGAAGUUGUCCUCGUUGGUGGGUCUACCAGAAUUCCAAAAGUCCAGUCACUUUUGCAGGAUUUCUUUAAUGGAAAGGAACUGUCCAAGAACAUCAACCCUGAUGAAGCUGUGGCUUAUGGUGCUGCAGUGCAAGCUGCUAUCUUGAACGGUGAGGGUGGUGAGAAAGUACAGGACUUGGUGUUGUUGGAUGUCACCCCUCUUUCUCUUGGUUUUGAGGUUUUUGGAAGUGUUAUGGCAGUCUUGAUCCCAAGGAAUACGACCAUUCCUACAAGAAAGGAAAAGGUCUGCAGUACCCGUGUGGACAAUCAAACUAGUUUGAUGAUUAAGGUGUUCGAGGGUGAGAGAACUAAAACCAGUGACAAUAACUUGUUGGGGCAGUUCAAGCUGGAAGGAAUUCCUCCACAACCUCGUCAAGUUCCUCAGGUGACAGUUUGCUUUGAUAUGGAUGCUGAUGGUAUAUUAAAUGUGUUUGCCGAGGAUAAAAAAUCAGGGAACAAAAAUAUGCUCACAAUAUCAAAUAACAAGGGAAGGUUGUCGACCGCAGAGAUUUCAAGGUUGGUUCUAGAGGCUGAGAAAUACAAGUCAGAAGAUGAAGAACACAGAAAUAAGGUAAAGUCAAGAAACUCCUUUGAGGAUUACGCAUAUGGCAUGAUGAAUACGAUUGAUAGCAUUGGAUGCAAGCUGGCAUUGAAAGACAAGAAGAAGAUCAGGGAUGCAGUUAACAGUGCCCUUCAGUGGUUGGGUAACAACGAACUAGCUCACACAGAUGUGACAAAUGACAAGAUGAAAGAGUUGCAGAAUGUAUGCAAUCCUAUUAUAUCUAAGAUGCACAAGCAGGGGUGGUGGUGGAGGUGGAGGUGAAUCCAAAAUAGAGGAAAUCUACUAAAGGCGGGUAUGGUUAGGCUAAUAUGCUUCUAUCUUUUAUACCAAUAGAAAUUUAGAUCAAAUGUUUGUUAAUUACCAGGUGGUCUUUAUGUGCAUUUUUUGUGCACUUCUGUCAGGUUUAAUGUACAGAGAAAACCUGCAAGCACAAGAAUUGCAAUCCCUAAAUGCAUGUUAAUAUUAAUUUAGCUUUCAAAGACGAUUUUCUAGACUAAUAUUUCUCAGAAUGAAAUGAAAAAAGUUUGUCUUCUUUUUA